CAGCAAGCAGAGUCAUUUGUACCCGGUUCCCGGAGCCGUUCAAGAUGACACAGGCUGACUCAGCAAUGCCAUCCCGCUCAUAUAACUCAAGCAGCAUAGAGCUAUAGCUUGUACCAGUCCCCUUCGCAUGGAAACGUCCUCACCUGGAACUACAAUCCAACAUCAAGUUGAGAACCAAGUACCCGGUUUACCAAAUCAAACAUCAAACUCGAGCAGAAACUACCGUGGCAAUCGUCCCAGAACUCGCAUUCCUCCGGCGAAUACAGCCAGUUCUAAUGUCGUAGAUGCUCCGGAUACAGGUGGUACGAGCAGCAGGAAGCCUCGCAGAAACUUUAAUCAGAACCGAUCUCAUGAUCACGAGCAGGGAAGCUCAAAUUUGCCUAGACCGCCUGGCACUUCUCAGACAGUAGCUGGCUUCAGCCCUGUUACAGGUGAAACACAUGGUGGAGAUGCACGUCCAAAGAAGAACCGUUCUCCAAGACAUCCCCAGGGGGCCACCGCUGCGAAUGAACCCAAAAUCACUGAUUCUCAACCCCAAUCACAGCCAAAGCGUCCAUCCCGGCGUUCCAAAUUCAAUUCGUCACUUUCUGAACUGACACCAUUAACUCGUGACUCAAAACCUGGCGUUGCAGCCAAUCCCUCAUCGAAAGUUUCUUCUUUGCCCAAGAAAGCGAAGCCUUCAAGAUCCAAGGCACCUCUUGCCGAUGACCUCACUUCGACUCUUACUCAUGCCCUCAGCACCUAUCCUUACCCUGACUGCCCGAUUUGCUUCAACCCCAUUCGUCCAGAACAGCAUACCUGGUCUUGCUCUUCUUCUGAUCCCUCCGAAAACCUCCAAUGUUGUUGGACUACAUUCCACCUGAAGUGCAUUCGGGCUUGGGCUUCCAAAAGCGUUAAGGACCUUCAAGAUGCAUGGCGUGCCCGUGGCGAGGAACGUACCGGUGAAUGGAGAUGUCCCGGAUGUCAAGCUAAACGUGAAUCUGUACCAUCCAGCUACCGGUGCUUUUGUUAUCGCAUCACAGAUCCAUCCCCUACUCGCCUCGUCACCCCACACAGCUGUGCACAUCCAUGCUCCCGCGUACGUAUUUCUGCUUGCGGUCAUGGCUGUCCUCUUCCCUGCCAUCCUGGUCCCUGUCCACCAUGCGCUAUUACCGUCCGGAAGGGCUGUUGGUGUGGACGCCAAGUCUCAACGGUCCGUUGCUCUUCCCUGGCAUCUCCAAAUUCGACCACUGGCGUUUCUUGUGGCAUCAUUUGUAAUAAACCCUUGUCAUGCGGGAAUCCACAGCAUACAUGUGCUCAGGUUUGCCACCCCGGCGAGUGCAAGCCCUGCGUCGUGGCUGAAAUUGUCGCAUGUUAUUGUGGGAAAGAAGAGAAAGAAGUCCCGUGUGGCGACAGGAAGGAUCGGGCGGUUGUUUGCGCUGUUGAGGGAGAAGUUGGCUGGGAGGGUCGCUAUGAAUGUGAUAGUGUGUGCGGUAGACCUUUUGCGUGCGGAGUACACACUUGCGAGAAAGGAUGUCAUCCCCCGUCGUUCACACCUCCUAGAUGUCCGCUUGAUCCAUCCAUAAUGCAAACCUGCGCCUGCGGCAGGCUCGCUCUCCCUACUGUCGAACAACACGAUCGCUAUAUCCACAAACCGGAAUCAACAACCAUUCCCAAAUAUGAUGCCAGUGGUAAAGAUAUUGCGUAUUUCCUCGGACCCCGCACAUCCUGUACUGUUCCUGUUCCUACAUGCAAGCAACAGUGCAUCAAAACCUUACCUGACUGCUCGCAUCAAUGUGGGAUAAGCUGUCAUACUGGCCCCUGCCCACCAUGCACCGAGCUCAUAGAGCGCACCUGUCGAUGCGGAGCGACGAAAGUGAUGAUCAAGUGCGGUGAAGUCAUCAAGACCACCGAAGGUAACGAAGCUGGGGAUAUCCUUUGCGACCGUGCAUGCAUCGCCCUACGCAUAUGUGGACGCCACCAAUGUAACCGUAUUUGUUGUCCUCUCGCAUCCCUUGCUGCUGCGCAAAGAGGCAAAGGCAAGAAACGUGCAGGAAUGUUUGAAGAGCUUGUCGCUGAAGAAGGCGGGCUGCACGAGUGUGACCUCCCGUGCGGGAAGAUGUUGAACUGUGGAAACCACCGGUGCGAGCGAAAGGACCAUCGAGGCGCGUGUGGGGUGUGUCUGCAGAGCGUUUAUGAAGAUCUUAUAUGCCCAUGUGGUCGAACGGCCUUGGAGCCUCCAAUUCCAUGUGGUGCAACAAUGACUUGUAGUUAUCCGUGCGCAAGACCUUCGCCUCCGUGUGGCCAUUCACGCGUCCCUCAUGGAUGUCAUGAGGGCGUCAUUAUCGCCGGUGCGGACCCAAACCAACCAGUGGAGGCAUCCCCUUGCCCACCGUGUCCUUUCCUCACCAGCAAACAGUGUGCGUGCGGAAAGAAGAUGAUGGAUAAUGUCAGGUGUGCGCAGGAGCGGGUGAGCUGUGGUAUUGUAUGCGGAAAAUUGCUAGCAUGCGGUUUCCAUCACUGUGAACGCCUGUGCCACGCAGACGAUUGUGGAACGUGUACCGCUGUAUGCGGCAAGUCUCGCAAAUCAUGCUUGCCAGCGCAACACCCAUGCACCCAGCCAUGCCACGCCCCAGCAGCAUGCCCUGAAACCGAAGCCUGUCUCACGCUCGUCACCCUCACCUGUCCCUGCGGCCACCUCCGCUCCUCUAUCCCAUGUUCUCAAGCAAAUUCAACCGCCCAGCUCCAAUGCACUGGUGAAUGUGCGAUCAAGAAACGCAAUGCGCGACUUGCUGACGCUCUUGGCAUCAGUCCCGAGAAGCGUGAGGGUUUACAGGCCAAGGUCACUUAUAAUGAUGACAUAGUGACUUUUGCAAGGGCAAACGGUAAGUUUGUGGGGCUAGUGGAGAAGACGUUUUCAGAUUUCAUCACUUCUGACAAACGCACACAAGUCCUGCCGCACAUGCCCCCUGAACGACGUAAAGUCGUGCAUGAUCUCGCAUCUAUCUACCGCAUGGACACACAGAUGGUCGAUCAGGAACCUCACCGAAGCGUCCAGCUCAUCCGGCGCGUCGACACGCGCAUUCCGACGCCACUCUUAUCUGCAUCCCUCCCAUCACCUGCAGUCCUAGGCAAACUCGCUGAUUUACGAGCUCCGAAAGUUAUGUCGAGUGUGACGAGUGGAAGUGGAGUGUGGGCCAAACCUCAACCAAAGGCUGCAGAAGCAGGCGGAAAAUGGACGGCAGUCGUUUCACGUCCUGGGUCUGGGAGUUCUUCGCCUGCGCCUGGUGCGUCCUCGAGCUCAGGAGGGAUUCAAACUAGUACUGCUACUUUGAGUUUGAAGCCAAGUAGCGGAGCGUGGGUGUCAUCCUCUGUGCAGCGCGCGAGGAAGGUGGCGAGUCUGGAGAUGGGUGGGAAGGAAGAAGCGGUGCCAGAUGAUUGGGAGGAUGAUGUAUAGAGUUAGUCAGUUGUGAGCUUGACGCAUCCUGGCGAUGAUAGGAACCAUUUAUAGACAGAUCUAGCAAAGACGAGGCUUGGAUUAUUAUCAAUUAUUAGACUCGUGACCACCCCGUCUAAUGAGGCAAGCCGUCGUGAGAUGGGCUGGUCAUGAGUCUAAUCAAUUGUAUGGUUUGAUCUGGUGGGUAGGGAAAUGAAGCAUAUUGGGCAAUGAUUGUAAUGAGGCAUGCAGCAUUGACGACAUCCAUGGUAUACUGUACAUUCAUUGUAAUGCUCAAUGAAGUAUUCGAGAACUUGAGUCACUUAUCUGGGAGGAGAGAGAUGAGUGACACGGAUUCAAUCUGAUUUCAAAAGCUUUAGGGCGGG